GAUAUUCUGAUAUCCACUACUUCUACAAGUUAGGAUUCGAUUGACAAGAAUUCUAAAUGAUGCAUAUUUAUGCAUGUUUUGUAACGCUGUGCUGUGUUGUUUGUGUUUGCAGCGGUCAGCAAAAAUGCUGCAUUAAUGAUGACCUCUUCACUAUUACUUUUGAACGUCUAACUGGUUGGUAUUCAGAAUCAUUCAAUCUAACAUUUGAAGAAACCUCGUUCAUGGUAAAUGAUUAUACACAUGGUCGAUUUUACGUCAACCGAAUUAGAAAUUCUCUGAACACAGAAUUAGAAAAAACUUUGGUGAUUGAAGACUACAACCGGAGCUUCAUAUGGACUAUUGAUGCUGUUGCAAAAACGUGUAAAAUGGCACUUUUGCCAAGAGGAGCGGAAAAACCAACGAGGUGUGUUCCAGGUAAUGCACAAUAUCUUGACGAAAUUAAUUUACCUGGUGAUGUGCCGGUUAAUAGGUGGAGCUAUAUAUUGAAAACUCCAACGGAAAUUAGCGAGGUGACACGUGGAUAUACCAAAACUGGGUGUAUACCAACUGGAGGAACAGUAGUUGCUAGAGAGGAUCAAGGCGGAAUCGACGUUGAAAUAUUGGCUCUUCACACUUUCUACAACUUCGAGGUAUUAACUGAUGUUUCAAAAUAUUUCAGUCUGCCAUCUUACUGUAAUUCAACAUACAAUUAGCCGAUCAAGAGGAAGGCGACUGAAGCUAUAAGACGGUUAGUCAAAAAAAGAUUUUUGUAAACCACCGAAGAAACAGCGAAGCAGAUUGUCAAACUUAACGCAAGCUAAAUUGGCUUUAGUUAUGAGCCGAAUUAUUUAUAUUAAAAAAAAUCAAAAAACAAAAAAAGAACAACUUUAGAUUAGCGAGGUAAAAUUGUGCAAUAGUUUUAUAUUAACAAUAAUAUUGAACUAGUUCUCUGAAAAGUAGUCUGCAUUUCAUAAAUACUAAAAAAAUCAUAAAUAAUUUCAUAGAUCUUGUUGAUCAUCACUAAUAUUGUUUAAUUACGAUAAAUGUUGAAUUUUAACCAGUAGUUUCCUGGUCCCAUGGUAAUGUAAACUCAACACAUUUUAUUGGGAAGAAAACACACCCUAGGCACAGUUCUUAAGAUUUUAAAUGAAAUAAUUUGAUUAGUUGAUUGAGUGAAUGAUUGAUUUGUUGAUUUAUAUGUUUUAGUUGAACAAUCAGUCUUUUUGACUUGAUAGAUUGAGUUAUGUAAUUA